GUACAGGCAAGUACGGCUGCUGCCCCGGAGAAUGUCCUUGAGUGGGUCAAAAAGGAUAAAAGGCGGCUGCUUCACGUUGUUUACCGUGUUGGGGAUUUGGACAGGACCAUAAAAUUCUACACUGAGUGCCUGGGGAUGAAGUUGCUGAGGAAACGUGACAUACCGGAGGAAAGAUACACAAAUGCGUUUCUUGGAUAUGGGCCGGAGGAUUCGCACUUUGUCAUUGAACUCACCUACAAUUAUGGUGUUGACAAGUAUGAUAUUGGAACUGGAUUUGGUCAUUUUGGUGUGGCAGUUGAGGAUGUUGCUAAGACUGUUGAACUCAUAAAAGCUAAGGGUGGAAAAGUAACGAGAGAACCUGGUCCUGUAAAAGGGGGCAGCACAGUUAUCGCAUUUAUUGAAGAUCCUGAUGGUUAUAAGUUCGAACUUUUGGAAAGAGGGCCCACACCUGAGCCCUUGUGUCAAGUAAUGUUUCGCGUUGGUGAUCUUGAACGUUCCAUAAACUUCUAUGAGAAGGCUUUUGGAAUGGAGCUUCUGAGGACCCGGGAUAAUCCUGACUACAAGUAUACAGUAGCGAUGCUAGGCUACGGCCCUGAAGACAAAAAUGCUGUUCUGGAGCUGACCUAUAACUAUGGUGUCACUGAAUAUGAAAAAGGAAAUGCAUAUGCUCAGAUAGCGAUAGGCACGGACGAUGUCUAUAAAACUGCAGAAGCUGUUAAACUUGUUGACGGAAAGGUUACCCGGGAACCUGGACCGUUACCUGGCAUCAACACCAAAAUUACUGCUUGCUUAGAUCCUGAUGGUUGGAAGACGGUUUUUGUAGAUAAUGUUGAUUUCCUCAAGGAGUUGGAGUGAGAUAUUAGCUCCCUUGAGCACAGCAGGCUUGGAACUGAAAUGGAAGACUUGGAUCAAAGUAAAUCUCUUUUGAAGGGCUUCCCCAUUAAGGAGUUGCGACCUUUUUGUAGAUAAUAUUACAGUAAUGACUUAUCACAACAUGCAUUGUAACAAAAAUCUCGUCAUUAGCUCUUCAGUUGUCGUUUUAUGUAGUUUGUGACAAAUUAUCUGUCUAGAUUGUAUUGUUUUUAAAAGAAUAAAUCUGUUUGAUCAAA